AACGUCAUCAAUUGUAACCUGACACUUAGGCCGUGGGUGGCUUUUGAAAAACACUGCAUCGGGGUUUACACGAACAGUCAAUUUGAAGAGGCUACAACACACAGGCAGAUCUCGGAUUAAGGAAAACUUUGUGUAUAUAAGGUUCUCACAGUGGAGUUGGCUAGCUAGCAGCUGGAAACAAGUCGACUUGAAGUGGUUAUUAAUGUUAAACCCUUAGCUAGCUAAUUUAGCUCCGGGCCGUUAGCUCACGUAAACAUAAUUCCAAAGGCACCAUCAGUAAAGAGUGUUGUGUCAACGUAUUUUGCCAUAACGGAUAACGUUAGUAGUGACUCUGUUGAUGCUAGUUAACGUUAGCCCAUAGACAAAUAACUGAGUCUGGUACCUCGGAUAGUAAAGAAAGGUAGCUAGUUACCUAAUCAUUUCUCAGCUAGAGUUUUGUUGUGGAGCUAGCGAGUUAAUUUACGUGGCUUGUUGUGGAGGUGGUUAUUCAUUUCAAAACUACUAACGGGGGCUUGUUGUGCCAGCUAACGACGUUAGUUAGCCCUGGAUACGUCGACUGUCCACCCUUUGCAGUUUAAACCACUGACGACAUGGGUCUUAUAUUUGCCAAACUGUGGAGUUUCUUUUGCAAUCAAGAACACAAGGUGAUUAUUGUCGGGUUGGACAAUGCUGGAAAGACCACCAUACUGUACCAAUUUCUGAUGAACGAGGUGGUCCAUACCUCACCCACCAUAGGGAGUAAUGUGGAGGAGAUAGUGGUGAAGAACACCCACUUCCUCAUGUGGGACAUCGGGGGACAGGAGUCUCUCCGCUCCUCCUGGAACACCUAUUACUCCAACACAGAGUUUAUCAUCUUGGUGGUGGACAGCACAGACCGAGAGAGGCUGGUGAUCUCUAAAGAGGAGCUCUACAAGAUGUUGGCUCAUGAGGACCUAAGAAAGGCAGCUUUGUUGAUAUUUGCCAACAAGCAGGAUAUGAAGGACUGCAUGUCGGCGGCGGAAAUCUCCAAAUACCUCACCCUCAGCUCCAUCAAAGACCACCCCUGGCACAUCCAGUCGUGCUGCGCGCUCACAGGAGAAGGCUUAUGCCAGGGCCUAGAGUGGAUGACCUCGAGGGCGGGGCUAAGAUAGCCCCUUCUCCCUCGUUGGAUGUUGAACUGACUGACUACCGUUCUCACCUAUCUGGUGGCAUCCCAGCCUCUCCCUAUUGGCUUCUUAAAAACAUAAACCCCCCCCAAAAAUUCAAUUUUGAGCUCAAGGCUGCACGGGAAGCAAGUGUUGCGUCUCUCCCCGCUACAUCAACUUGACCUUACGUGGGUUGUGUUCAUUCGGCACCAAACAGAAGAAAACAAGCCAAAACAGGGAGGGACUUACAGAACUUGUCCAAUUAGAAAUGCUCCUUUCCAUUGUCCUUUGCAAAACGUUUUGCUACGGUGUGCUGUAAUGAAUACCACACUAUUAUAAGGUCCUUGUUAACUGGACCCUCUUACUAAACCACAUGGACUUUUUGCUACCUGGAUGUGGUCAAGCUGAUGGUAAACUGCAGUAGAACCACAGCCAGAAAGAACACUUCUCUAAGACUGGAAUACUAAGUGUCCACUUGAAGCGAUGGACACACCAUCACCACUACAUAUCAUGAUUAUAUAUCAUAAUGCCAUAUUAGGACCUGGAUUGACAUUUAGGUCUCUUGAAUGUUCUGUGCGGACGUGUUUCUUCAAUCAUGUAUUCAUUUGUCUGUCUAUUUUGAUGCCUACUAUACAGAGGCCUAUACCAAACAGUGUCUACCUACUCACUUAUGGUAGUCGGGUUAACUUACUUAGGUUAGGGAAAGGAAGGGGUUUUAAUCAUGGUGAAUGGACACCGGGUAGUAUCAGUAACACAAUGGUAUUCUAUGUCGGUUACAGUAGUGGAAGUCUGUUACAAUACAUGUGUUUUGGUUUAGGCCUAUGUGUGCAGGAUGGCAUAUUCAAGACGUUUUUAACUACUUUUUGAUGUAUUUUUUUAUUUCAUGGUGAGUUGUCAUCGGGGCUUAUUGUACAUGGUCUCCGUCUGUUUCAUAAGCUAUAAAGGUGGUGGUUGUUCUGAACUCACAAAAGGACUAGUUGGUACUUCAACUGUGGUUGAAGAAGUGAGUCUGGGUACACGUCCAAAAUGGCACACUAUUCCCUAUAUAGUGCACUACUUUUAACCAGUGUCCAAAGGGUUCUGUUCAAAAGUAGUGUGCUAUAUAGGGAAUAGGGUGCCGUUUGGGAUGCACACUGGGUACAAGCCUCGUGAUGCUUUGACUGGGAGCCACUGUAUUAUUAUUGGGAAUAGUCGUAUAGCAUUCGACUUCUCAAGCAAAUGUCCCUGGGAUCUGUUUUCCUUAGCACUCAUUCACACCGGAAACAAAUGGAGUGCUGAGCGAUCUACCAAAAUGUUUAUUUUUUGUUUUUUAAACAGCUAAUUGACCAAUGUCAGUUCAAUUAUUUGAAUUCCAUGUAAUUUUUCCCUGUGAGCUAAAUGCCCACAUUUCACAGUUUCUCCACAGAUAAAUAAGAUCAAGCCCGAUCUGUGCGAUGUUGUAUUUUCCAACAGGCCAAUAUUCAACAUAGUUUAGUGCAGAAAACGUGAUAAUUAACUACAAUGACCAUUAUCCAUAAUCCUACUUUUCCGGUCUGUUCCCUGACUACGGUCUGUUACUCCUGCUAUGUUAGGUUAGUGUGGGGCAGACACUUAGACCGAGAAAGGCAUGAUCAAGAGGGAUAGAGAGCAGUUGCUUCGUGAGGUAUCUCUACCUGAAAAUACAUGUAUCUAAUUGAUUGAUAGUAUGUCUUAUUUACUUUGAAGAACUACUAAAAUAGUGAUUUUUGUCAGACAGCGUAGGCAGCAGCUCUAUAGAGAUGAGAUGAUUUGGAAUGAAAUAGUCAUCAAAUAAAACAACUGUAAUAUACACAAUGAAAUAUUUUUAAGUAACAAAGUAAGUGAUACGCAGUAAAUGGGCAGUCACUACUAUAAUGGGAAUUUUCAUAAUUGUUUUAUGUUACAACAUUUAACCCACAGUGCAUUUAAUGUUAAAAUUGUAUCAACCGAAAACCGUGAUUAUUUAAAAAAUAAAAAAUAAAACGAAACCGUACAGACCUCAAAUGCACUAAUCGCUCGACACUAGUGCCAACCAACCACUACUGUGGUAAUAUCAGUGUUCAAAGCUCAAGUUUCAUAACAGUAUUGUACACAUGUUGAUGCAGCAUUUUGAUUAGAUUAUUUUAGCAUUUUGUGUAUAUACAUCUCAAGUAUAUGAUGAGAUGUCGAACUGAGCAGGUCAGUAAUUGCAGCUACAUUUGUUGGUGUAUCACCUUAUUCUGACAGAAAUUACUCCUUUAGAGUUAAAGUAGCCUGAGUGUCAGUCUGUUUGUGCUAUGACGCCACCUCUUGUUUGGCUUGACAAGGACAGCAAUGGAGUUUGCAAAAGCACUAACGGAUCUGGGACCAAGCAAGCGUUAGAUAUAUGGUAGUCUUUGUGCAUUUUUGACUGCAGUGUGUCGAACGCGCCAUCCAGCCCCCAUCAGCUUAUGUUGCGUACCCUCAAAACAGCUAGCCUGAUCCCAGAUUUGUUUGGGUUUUAGCCAACUUCUCUAGUUAGAGAAAUUGGCUGAAGCACACAGGUCUGGGACCAGGCUACUGACGGGCCUCAAAAGGAGUCAGGGCUAGGGCUUCUCCUGUGUCAAAUGUGCCACAUGACAGACUGGCAUGUGAAUGAAUGGGAUGUUGAUGCUCUCCUUAUGUCUGAAUGUCUGUCUGCUUACCCUGACAAUAUUUUAUCCCUUGUUCCCGCUGUAUCAAGAUUCUGAGUCUAUGAUCAGCCCCAUUCCACAAUCUUACUCAUUGUGGAUUGAAACACUAAAUUGAUCCUGAAAUGGCACUCCUACUCUGAGAAGCUUGCUACAUAUGGCCUCUCACCACCAGGAUUUGUUACUACAUUGGCCUGAUGGGUGAGUUCAUUUAAAUAGCUAACAGAUCUAUGCACGUGUCACUUUGCAGGUGCAUGAGUGUGUGUGUGUGGUGAAGUCAAGGAAACAACUUCAGUCUUUUCAUUGGGACUAGAUUCAGAGUAGCUCAGGGUCCGGUUUCCCCAAAGUAUCUUAAGGCUACAUUCAUCAUUAGGACCUUCGUAGGAGCAUUGUUAAAUCUCUAAGCUGUUUCCCAAAACCACCGUUUUAAUAAAGUUGCUCUUAAACACUUAUUUAACGACUACAUCAGACCACUUGUAGAACGGCUAAGUACGUCAUUAGAUGCUUUUUUUGCCCUUCUGCGUGACUUUAAAAGAUAAAUACAGUAUAGGCUACAGACCUAGUAUACUGUAUUUGAAUAUUUAGCUAAUUGUAGACUAGCCUUCCGUCUAAUGUUUGCCAAAUCUUGAUUUAGUGCGUUAUUAUAGGGUAAACAGAAUAAGCCGCCUCAAUAUUUGUAGCCAUAGACAAUAAAUAACAUAUCUCUAGGAGCUGAUCCGUCGUCAGUAAUUCUAAUGUUAAGAUUGGAAAGGGAGGAACGCUGCUCCGAGAAGGGCAGUAUCAACACAGGCCUCAAUGCACUUAUCGAACGUACUCUGUGUGGUGUUUUGUGAAAAGCAUGUUAUAUCUUUGACUGUUGUAGGAAAGAUUGUUAAAAACACUCAUAAGCCUAAGUUCCAGUGGGAAACUGGGCCCUGUUACAAAGCGCAGUGGCGUCCACCCUGGUCCGGGAGAGUAUCUGAGUCCACUGGUUUUAACUGACACCCAGUUAGCAUUAUGUGAAACAGAUGGACCCAGGAUGCGUCCCAAAUGGCUCCAUAUUCCCUAUGUAGUGUACUACUAUCAGUAGAGUGCCAUUUGGAAUUGGGACACAUACCCAGUCUCUUCAGAAUCAUAGUGGCAUUCCAUUGGUAUCUAGUGCUUUAUACUUUGUCAGACAGUGGAAUGGUCAGACGCAUAAAUCAGGAUGAUAAUGACAUGUAUGAUCUGGGUCGCGCAUUUCAGUUUUAUUUUUAAAUAAAAUAUUGUAUUUUGAAAUGUAAA